AGACGCAAAAAAAAUAAGCUGAAAAAAAAAUUUCAAUAAGUUAGGCGAAGUGUUCAUAAGUCUCAAUCUCAUCGGUAAAUAUCAAUAAGUUGGGUACCAGUGAAUUGAGUUGAUGUUAUGAUUCUGCGAAGUGCCAAGAGCGCCGCCGCCAAACCUCUAUAGCGGUCAGUGGGUGGCAGAACAUAAUCAAUAGACGUGGAGAACGUUAAAUGGGGCUGUACGGAUAAACGAUAUUAAAUGUGCCGUGUGCUAUGUAAAGGACGGAAAAGCGAGUUUUGAAAAACAGCCGAAAUGCAGCCCCCUCCGAGAAAGGGUAAUUACUCGAAAUUCCUCAAAAACCUACACGCUGAGCAGAUCAAUAAACUACUACUUAAGAACCAGCACGAAUGUGAUUUAUUAGAGGAUAUAAGAACCUACACAAUCAAGAAAUGCGCUAUCGAAAAAUCGUAUUCCGAUGCUUUGUUGAAAAUAUCUUCGGCAUACCUUAACAAAAAAAUUCCUAAUAUACCCGAUAUAAAAUUAGAAGGAGGGGAUGAAAAAUGGAAUAUGUGGAAUGUAUGGAGGACUGUUCUGGAAGAGAACGAAAAGUUAUCGAGGGCUCGAUUAGCAGCCGUAGAAGUUUUCCAAUCACAAAUAGUAGAAGAAUCCAAAUUACUUAAGGCUCAUAAAGUGCAAACAGCUAAAAAAUAUGUAGAUCACCUAGCCAAUGUUCAAAAAGAGUUACAAAUUUGCGUACAGGAUAUUGAUAAGACGAAAAAAUUAUAUUUCGAUGAAGAACACAGUGCUCAUGAUGUGAGGGAUAAAGCAAGGGAUAUCGAAGAAAAGUUGAAAAAAAAGAAAGGUUCUUUCUUCCAGUCCAUCACAUCUCUACAGAAGAACAGUGCCAAAUUCUCUUCAAAGCGGGAACAGUUGGAAGAGAAGUCGGCGGGCGCUAGGAACGACUACUUACUUUGUCUUGCGGCUGCUAAUGCUCAUCAAACUAGGUAUUUCGUCGUCGAUCUUCAACAGUGCAUGGCUGCGUUGGAAAGUGGUGUUUAUGAAAAGGUUGCUGAAUAUUUAACUCUUAUGGGUCGUACCGAACUAUUGACAUGUUCUGCCAUGCAGAACUCCUAUUCUACAAUCAGGGACCAAGCGAAACAGCUCACCAGAGAGUACAAUCUACAGUGCUGCUAUUUGUACUAUCCAGUAUUGAAACAGCACAUCCAAUACGACUUCGAACCAUGCGACAACGAUCCUGUUACAACAAUCUUGGCCGAACACGACAACGCCGCUUCCACCCUAAGCAAAGAGGCACGAAGGUGGGCUACAAAAAUAGCUCGGGAGAAUAAUAACAUCAAGGAGUAUGUGAAGAAAUUGCAGAUUUAUCAGGCUCUUAGGGAUUCUGGUCAGAGGGUAGAUCCCCAAGAUCAAAACGGCCCAGACCUGGAGACCAAGAUAGAGGAGAUGAAGCAACAAAUUCGAAAGUGCGAGACUUCGAAAAUGAAAGCGGAAGCAAGAAUAGAGUGUUUGCGUGCGGGGGGCGUAAAUGUCGACGAGUGGAUCCAGGAGGCGGAGAUGCUCAAUGUCCAGGACAUCCAGAGGUCGACGAGUUCCUUAUCGGUGAGAACUGAUGCUUCGGGGAUGGCGGAUCAUCCCAGCUCCGAUUCCUUUUAUGAUAGCGAUUUCGCGGAAACUGAAGCACCAGCUCCUGGCCCUAUCUCGAAAGUUAUGGUCGAACAUGCCGAUAGUGAAGACAGCCAAGCAGAAACGGCCGAAGUAGACGCCAUGCUGGAGACUGAGAGACAACGCAUAGAACAGUUGACAGCUGGAUGGGAUGACCCUACUCAAGUAGAUUGGGGAACAGAAGACGCGGCAGUCGUAGAAGAAAAUGAUUCUGAUGUCCAGAGAGAUAGCAUCGUCUCAAGCGGCUCGUUACUGAAAUGCACAGCCCUGUAUUCGUACACGGCUCAGAAUCCCGAUGAACUAACGAUAAUCGAAAAUGAACAACUAGAAGUGGUUGGAGAAGGAGAUGGUGAUGGAUGGUUGAAAGCAAGAAAUUACAGGGGUGAAGAGGGCUAUGUGCCCCACAACUAUUUGGAUGUUGAGCGCGAACAGCUUGCGUCAAAUCCGGGGCUGGUAAAUCAGAUAUCUUUCUCUUCGGUUGAUUACACGAUAGAUCAGGAAGAAGAGAUGACGGUACAAUCAGGAACAACAACGAAUCAAUCUCCAGAACAAAUAUCAGUGAUCUCAAUCCCGGCCGCCGACAUCACUCCCACGCAACCAAUGACCCAACGCCAGGACACUCUGCCACCGACUUAUUGCAUAGCACUCUACGACUACGACGGCGAAGGAAGCGAAGAACUGACGUUCGAGGAGGGUCAGAUCAUCAGGGUCCUGUCCAAAUGCGCGCACAGCGUGGACGACGGUUGGUGGCAGGGAGAGCUCGAGGGCAAAAUAGGCAACUUCCCUUCCCUGGUGGUGGAGGAGUGCGACGAGUUCGGAGAACCGAUGUCGAACGAACUGGACCAAUCGCCGCCCCCUUCGGCGCCCCCGGUGUUCACGCCGCCCGGCGCCCCUUCGGGCGAUUUCCAAGAGUAUUUUUCGGACCAGCCGGAGCUGCCGCCCCCCGCAGAGCAACCGCCCCCGCCGCCUCCGAUCAUAGAGGAAGAGAUGGAUUUCGUCCCAGCAAUAUCUCCGAAAUCGCCGAAGAGUAGCAACGGCAAGUUCGCGAUCGAACUGUCGAGGAAUCAACAGGAGCAAUACGGCACGCAGUUCGACGAGAAAGGAAGUAACGUACCUUCAAUCGAAAUUCCUAGUGUGGCGGUUGAGGAAGAGGAAUCCCGGGAAAUGAACCACGACGACAAAUUCUCAUCCGGAGGUGACUUCGGUCUGGGCGUGGCUCAAAUAGUGAUCACGGCUGCUACACCGAUGAUAGAGGAGGCCGAGUCGGCAUUUCCACAACCGGAAGAAGAAACCCAUAACGUAAUAGAAGAAGAAGAAGAAGUCGAGAAAGAAGAAGAGAAGGAACCCGAAGAGGAAUGUCCCCUGGAGCCAGAGGAAGAGGAGAGAUCGCACCCUCCCAAGCAGAGUCGGAUGGACUCCAUGGACGACAUAGACGACACACCGGCCGAUUCGGCCCCUUUCGCAAUAAGCAGCAGCACAGGCAGUGACGGCGAAACCACAGGGCCGAGCACGGCAGAGAACUCCAUCAGUCACGUGCCGCCUCCUACCGACGCGGAGCCGAAACAGGUGGUGGGAGGCAGGGCGAGCAUCCCCGACGAGCUGGAACCUCACCAAUUAGCACGACUUCAAGACCUGAAGGAGUCCAACGCGUAGAUAAUCUCAGAUAUUAAGUUGAUUUUUUCUUACACCGAUAAUGGCACAUGUCGGAAUUAUAUUUUUCCUAAUUCAGCGGUUUCCUUUCUGUGCAAACUGGAAUAAAGAGAGUAUUACUGUU